GCGAUAGCAGACGAAUAAGCGAAUAAUUUUGUAAUCAUGACCCACCAGGCAAACGUAAAACAUUUAGUAUCUAAAUUAAAUUUUAAAAUUGGUGAUAAAGCUAGAAGAUUAUCAAAUCCGGAUGGACCUGCAGGAAGAUUUAGAAAACUGCAGAAAACAGUAACAGCUUUAAUAAAGUAUGAGCGAAUUGAACUCAAGUACAACAGAGCCGAUGAGGCGAGAGGUUAUGUUGAACGGUUGAUAUCAGAAGCACGUCGUUUUGGUCCUACACACAAAGAUACGAUGGAAAUUGCCGACUAUUGGAUUCUGGAAAAGCAACUAGUUCACAAACUUUUCAAAGUUCUUGUGCCCAGAUACGAAGAUUACACACAAUCAGUCACAAAAUUGUAUAAAGCACCUAGAGAUUAUCCUGGAGAUUAUCGUGCCAGAGCUGUCUUAGAACUUAGAGGAAAUAUAUAUCCGAGCCUAAACAUGCAGAAUCCAAACACAUACAGUAUGAUCCACAACGUUUUACUCAGCGAAGCCAGGAAGGAAUACCGUCUAGAGAAGUACAAGCAAGUCGCAGAAAAUUUAGCGCAGUGAAUUUUUCUAUCAGAAAUAUUAAAUAAUAUAUUAAUUAUUUCUAAAAGCAUUUGAGCAUUUUGUACUCAGUCUUUAGUAAAAAUAUCAGUUUUUAAAAACAAAA